GUCAGUGUCCUCACUCUCUCUGUCAGUGUCCUCACUCUCUUUCCCAUCCCCUGUCCUCAGUCCCGAUCCCUUGUCCUCAGUUGUGGGCUGUCUCUCCCCCCCCACACCCCCGGAUUGUUUGCAGUGGGGCUCAGCCUCGACAUGUCCAAUCAGACGGUGUCCAACCCGGUGAUACCAUACACUGGAGCUAUCUUUGGUGGCCUGCUUCGUGGGCAAAUGGUAGCAGUGCAGGGAGUGAUACCCAAGAACUCUGAGAGAUUUCAAGUGGACUUUCAGUGUGGAAGCAGUGAGAAGCCUCGGGCCGAUGUAGCCUUGCACUUCAAUCCACGCUUCCGCAGAUCUGGCUGCGUGGUUUGUAACACUCUGGAGCACGAAAAAUGGGGUCGGGAAGAGAUAAAGUACGAGAUGCCAUUGAAGAAAGGAGAACCAUUUGAGAUAAUUUUCCUGGUCCUGGUUGACCGAUUCAAGGUUGCGGUGAAUGGAAAACAUUUCCUGGAGUACCAGCAUAGAAUAAGUGUGAAUAGAGUUGAUACACUUGGAAUUUAUGGUACCGUCCACAUUCAGAACAUUGCCUUCUUGGGCACUUCUGAGCAGGAAAACCCAUAUUCCAACCUACCUAUAAAGAGAGCUGAUGGUGACAAUAGUCAAGUGAAGAGAAUCAACAGCCCACUGAUGGUUCCUUACAUGGGUAAACUGAAGGAUGGACUAAGUUCUGGACGGAUAAUCACUAUUCAGGGCAGAGUUGAUAAGAAUCCAACCAAGAUUGCCAUCAACCUGCGAUUGAGUGAGUCUACAGACAUUCCGCUGCACCUGAAGCCUAACUUCAAAGAGAAAGCCUUUGUUCGAAACUCAUUCCUUCAUCAGUGUUGGGGUGAAGAGGAGCUAAAAAUAGAUUGCUUCCCAUUUAGCCCAAGUGCAUACUUUGAGGUUAUCAUUUAUUGUGGUGAAGACUGCUUCAAGGUUGCUGUCAACGGGGAGCACUUAUUGGAAUACAAAUACCGUUUUACCAACCUAAGUAAGAUUGAUACUUUGGAGAUAGAUGGUGAUGUCGAGCUGCUGGAUGUACAGACUUGGUAGGUGAACUGAGGCUGUGGUCUACAAUUGACAUUUGUGCAAAGCUAACACUAGGAGCAUAACCCUGUCACAAUUCUAUUUCUUUAUAGAAAGAUUGUAUCGCAAUCAUGCAGCAAAUUGUGUAUGGACUGUUGCUUGAUGUUUGAAGAUCGAGCGUGGCUUGUGUUUCUGGAGUUAUUUAUCUAAUUUGAAUUUCAGGAAAGGAAUUUAGAAGAUUGUUUAUAUUUCCAUAGAACCUCUUUCUUAUCCUUCUGUAAACCCACCUAUUUCAAAUAUAUAACCGACAUACAGUCCUUUAGUUAUAUUAUACAACUAGAAUUCAAUCCUUUAAAAAAUAUUAAUUUUGUAUUUAAUUGCACACGGUUGAUACUUACGCAAUGUCUUAAUAGCUAGCAUUUCAAAUGGCUGGAAUCUAUAUGAAAUUCCACGUUGAUCUCAAACCAAGAACCCCUGAAAAGAAUUUAUUUCCUUGCCUGCAAUAAAAUAAUUUUUAAAAAGUCACUUAUUCACUUUGUAUUUCUGACUUAACUUUCUUCAGCUGCUAAAGCUGUGGAAGACUGGGUUUUAAGCCCCUAUGCUAAAACCUGCAGUUUAAUGGCAAGUAUUGUGCAGGAUUUAACGAUAAUGUAUAUGAUGGCUUCCAUAAGUGUUCCAUAAAAAUGAAGUUAGAUAUAAAAGUUGAAUGUAAACUCAGUUGAGUACAUUUUUACUUUUUUGGGUAAUGAAUCCUUACGUUUACCCUAACAAUAUUCUCCAUAGCUUGUGUUUAGUUGUGCAAGGACUGGAACCCAGUUGCACUGAAUCGGUCUCAUAACGACAUGGUUUGGAAUGAAUACAUUAAAUAGAUCUAAAUUCUUGGCGACUAAGGAUUAUAUUCUCUAUUUAUUCUUCAGAAUUGAAUUAUGCUUUGUUUUUGAAAACUUGGUCUAAAGCUGUGAUGUAUCAAAUUUAAUACAGCAAUAAAAUUCCACUUCCAUUUUGUAUUGAU